GGACAAAGGGACCAAGGCAACACUAUUUGGGCUGCUGUCUUCUUGAAUUGUCCCUGGACCAGCAAGAGGAGAAGCAGCAGAGGGAGACCAGUAGAACUGCAGUGAGGAGACACAAUGGGGGAAUCCAACUUCACUUCAAAAGAUGUCUACUUAAGCCACUUCAACCCUCAAAGUUACCUGGAAAAGUACUACACCUUUGGACCCAGCCCCACUGCAGAAAAGCAGAUUCUGAUGCAUAUCCUCAGAAGACUUGCCAAGACAUUCUCCUCUGGCAGGGUGAAAGGAGACCUCCUGAUUGACAUUGGCACUGGCCCCACCAUCUACCAGCUCCUCUCUGCCUGUGAGUCCUUUAAGGAGAUUGUGGUCACUGACUACACUGACCAGAACCUUGAGGAGGUCAGCAAGUGGCUGAAGAAGGAGCCAGGGGCAUUCGACUGGUCUCCUGUGGUGAAAUACGUGUGUGAGCUGGAAGGAGAUGGAGAGAAGGGGGCUGAGAAGGAGGAGAGACUGAGACAGAAGGUCAAGCAUAUCCUGAAGUGUGAUGUGACCCAAAGCCAGCCUUUGGGCUCUGACUCUCUGCCCCAGGCUGAUUGCCUACUCACCGCACUCUGCCUGCAUGCUGCCUGCAAAGACCUCCCUACCUACCAGCAGGCCCUGAAGAACCUCAGCAGCCUGCUGAAACCUGGAGGAUUUUUGGUGUUUUUUGAUGUCCUCAAGAGCAGCUACUACAUGACUGGCAACCAGAGGUUUUCCAGUCUCUCCCUCACUGAGGAAGAGGUAGAGGAUGCAGUGGUGAAGGCUGGUUACACGAUUAAAGAGUUUGAAGUCAUUUCCCAAAGUUACUCCAGCAACAGUGCAAACAAUAAAGGGGUUUUUUAUCUUGUAGGGCAGAAAUAAAACCGCUCUAUAGGAUGAAGAAGUUAACCACACUUCUCUUUCUCAUUUCACUGAAAAUCAUCUCCUACAUUGUUCUUGGUAAACUUCUUUCUCUCUUCUUUCCAAAGGCCAUGAGAUGAGUUUGGGGCAGCCUUUGCAGAAGGAAGACUGAGUAAACUGUUCAGAUGGCACAUUGUAAGCACUUAAUCUAUAUUAAAGCAACUCACCUGCCUUA